GGAUCACAGCACACAGAACCAAAUCGACCAUAUCUGCAUCAACAAAAAGUUUAGGAGGACGAUGGAGGACGUGAGAACAAAGAGAGGAGCUGAUAUAGCAUCAGAUCAUCACUUGCUGGUCGCCAAGAUGAAAUUGAAACUCAAGAAGCGCUGGACAACGGGGCGGACAAUAUCACAAAAGUUUAAUACGGCUCUUCUUCGGGAUACUGACAAACUCAAUAAAUUCAAGAUAACCCUCAGCAAUAAGUUCCAAGCCUUUCAUGAUCUACUCAAUGGAGAAGGGACUACUAUGGAGAGCAACUGGAAAGAGAUAAAAGAAGCAAUCACUUCAACAUGUCAUGAGGUUCUGGGCCAAAAGAAGCACCAUCACAAGGAUUGGAUCACGGUCGAUACACUGGAUAAGAUUCAAGAAAGGAGGAACAAGAAAGCAGCAAUCAAUACCAGUCGAACAAGAACAGAAAAUGUCAAGGCACAAGGUGAAUACACAGAAGUAAACAAGCAAGUGAAAAGGAGCAUCAGAACUGACAAACGUAAAUAUGUCGAAGAUUUGGGAUUGACGGCGGAAAAGGCUGCCAGAGAAGGAAACAUGAGACAACUGUAUGAAACAACAAAGAAACUCUCCGGAAAUCACAGUAAACCAGAACGACCAGUGAAAAGCAAGGAAGGCAAGAUAAUCACCAACAUUGAAGAACAACGAAACAGGUGGGUAGAACACUUCAAAGAACUCUUGAAUCGACCAGCCCCACUGAACCCACCCAACAUCGAAGCAGCACUCACGGACCUCCCAAUUGAUGUUGGCGCACCGACAAUUGAAGAAAUCAGCAUGGCUAUCAGACAAAUCAAGAGUGGCAAAGCAGCAGGACUAGACAGCAUUCCAGCAGAGGCACUGAAAGCAGACGUAGCGGCAACUGCAAGGAUACUCCAAACUCUCUUCAGAAAGAUCUGGGAUGAGGAACAGGUACUAAAAGACUGGAAAGAAGGACUUCUAGUAAAAAUACCAAAAAAGGCGAUCUCAGCAACUGUGACAACUACAGGGAAAUCACUCUUCUUUCAAUACCAGGAAAAGUCUUCAACAGGGUAUUGUUAAACAGGAUGAAGGACUUUGUAGACGCCCAAUCUCGAGACCGACAGGCUGGAUUUCGUAAGGAUAGAUCGUGUGCAGACCAAAUCGCAAAUCUACGGAUCAUUGUGGAACAAUCAAUUGAAUGGAAUUCAUCACUCUACAUCAACUUCAUCGACUACGAAAAAGCAUUUGAUAGUGUGGACAGAACAACCCUAUGGAA